CAAAAUCUUGACCUACGCGUGGAAACACGUGGACUCCUGGUCUAAUGCUCUCGGAUCGAUCUCAAGCCAAGACGAUACCAUCCGGGAGCGCUGGUUCGCGGUCGAGAUGAAGAUACGAUUAUAUGUCAGUCUCAGGUCCAGGGAGGAAAUGAUAAGGCGGCCAUCACCCAAUAAAAAGGGUUGGAUUCUACGAUGCUACUGUGAUGAUACCGCAGAGGAUAUUCAGCUUAGACAAUGUUCGGGAUGUCAAGUUGUGCGGUACUGCUCAAAGCGAUGCCAACGUGAUUCCUGGUCCAGUCAUCACAGAUGGAGCUGUAAUUUCUUGAAGGCAGCUGUUGGCUCGUCGACACCACACUACGUGAAACGUAGUCUCUGUCUGCUAUCUGGCCUAGAAGCUCACGAGGUCUUGUGCAGGUGGGGGCAUAUUCAAAGCCAGGUCGCCGCAGCGCGGCGCAAGUAUCCUCAAGAUCAGGAACGACUGGUUGUCAAGAUCACUAUAGAUGAGGAAGAAGUAUCAGUCCAGCCUCUUCGACACUACCUCUUUCUGUUCAACGGGCUCUCUGAAAACGAGGUCGUGCACCGCUUAUCGUCAUGGCCAGAUCCAAGGGGCCACCUUCGGCGAUCAUUCUUUUGUUCGGUUAUCGCAAUCAAUGAUCGAUAUUUGUCACAGCAGAUCUUAUUCAGCCCACGUACUGCAUUAGACAUGGAGACAGUGCUAACGCUCAGGCGUAAUCGUUAAU